AUGACCCAAUACACACUGCACACAUCAUGGCUAUUCGAUCCCAAGAUUAAGCAAGUCCGCCAAAAUAUCUCAGUUACCGUUGAUUCUGCAACUGGCCUGAUUACUCGGGUUUUCGAGCGCGAUGACGAGCGACAACCUUUGUCGGAGAUCAUAAAGGAGGGAGAUAUCGACUUGCGCGGAAAGUAUAUAUUGCCUGGACUAGUUGAUGCACACACCCAUGUUUUCCUGCAUUCUUACGACGAGAAAGGCGCUCUUCAGCAGAAGAGAGACGAAAGCAUGACUGAAAGAACCGUUCGUGGGGUCAAUCACUGCCGUACGGCGCUUCUUGCAGGCUAUACGACCUACAGGGACUUGGGUUCAGAAGGUAUGCAGGAAUGUGAUGCCAAUUUACGAGAUGCUAUCGCUCGGGGCUUGACUCCUGGUCCUCGCCUGUUCGUUGCGACAAAGGUGAUUUCCAGCACCGGUUCUUACGAGUGUCGCACAGAGAAUAGUGGCGGGGGCCACUGCUUACCGGCCGGUGCUGAUGCUGUUGAUGGUGUGGAGCAGUGUCGUCAGGCAGUUCGACGUCGUGUUGCUGCGGGAGCAGACAUUAUCAAGUUCUUUGCAGAUUAUAGGCGCAGAAUUAUGAGGUCUCCACCCGAGCAACAACACCCUUACAUUCCAAGUGUGCUUCAUCCUCCCAAAGAACCUAACCCUGAUUAUAUGGUAUUUUCUCAAGAGGAGAUGAACACUAUAGUUUCAGAGGCUGCGAUGGCACGCUGUCCAGUGUCUGCGCAUUGUUGCACACGUGAAGGAGCGUUGGCAGCAAUCGAUGCAGGCGUCAAUACGCUUGAGCAUGCUUAUUUCCUCACGGACGAGAUGUUGAAGCAAAUGGCAGAGAAAGCUAUAAUACUGGUGCCCACACUCUCGAUUGCUGAGAAGCUGCAUUCCCACCGCUUCGACGAUAUUUUGCGUCAAGUCAAACGAGCCCAUGAACUCGGGGUUCGAAUUGCAUGUGGUGGAGAUACAGGCACAUUUCCCCAUGGUGAAAAUGUCAGAGAGCUAGAGUUGAUGAUCAAGGCUGGCAUACCUAUUGCUGAUGUUCUUGAAUCAUGUACCGUGGGCGGCUGGGAGGCUUGUGGAGCCGAUUUAUGUGGAAGGCAAUUUGGGUGGUUUGCAGAGAAUUUGCAAGCAGACAUUAUUGCUUUGGACAAGGACCCAAUGCACAGUCCUGACGCUUUGAGAUCAGUGAACUUUGUGAUGAAAGAUGCCAAGGUCUGGAAAGUGGGUGGAGAGCAAUGUGGCAUGGUCUAG